GGCUCUAAAUGUUCAGGUUUAGUGAAGGGAUGAUUAUGUUACGACCAUUGGACAGUGCGGAGUCAUGUAAAUCAUUGAUGUUGCUACUCUGCUGUGUGAACAUGCUUUGGUCUUUGUUGCUCGACCUUGUUCAAAAUAAGUUCCUGUUCCUUUAAGGGAUCUCUCCAAAAUUCACCGUAGUGACGUUGCGUAUAUUCCAUAUUCAGAGAAAGUCCAGUGGCGGAGUGUGGAAUCUCCCAGUCUCCUCCGGGUGCUGAGCAAAACGCAGAACAUUUUAUCAUGAUGAACACAGACAAAGAUCGUGAGUUUACCGGCCCAGAGGGAAACGAGAUGGACGUUUGCAGUGAUGUUGCAGAUGUGAAGCCACAGGAGGAGGAAGAAGAGAGGGAAGAUAACUCAUUCAGUGAGAAUGAAAUGCAGUGUGCUGAAGGUGUGAUGGAUCCACAUGCGAUAAAGACGGAGGCAGAGGCGAUGGAAGAUGACGAGCAGUACCCGAAGGCUGAAAAAGAAAAAGAGUUUGUGCUAAAAGAGGAAGCAGAGGGGGCCAGUGACGACGGGACGGAGGAUGGAUUUGAUGAGGAGAGGACGGAGGAGGACGACGAUGAGGAGGGGGAUGAAGAGAGAGACGCCCUAAAUGAGCCGCAGGACCUGUCGCUGGUGGACUACUCACGUUACGACUGCGCGGAUCUGCCAGACGCCCAUGCUGCAGAAGCGGCUGGUGCAGAAGGGACCUACGUGCCUGGAGCUGUGGCCCCCCGCAUCCAGUCGACAGGCAAGCUCAACUGUGACAUCUGUGGCCUGUCCUGCGUCAGCAUCAACGUACUGCUGGUGCACAAGCGCAGCCACACGGGUGAGAGGCCAUUCCACUGCAGUCAGUGCGGAGCCUCCUUCACCCAGAAGGGAAACCUGCUGCGCCACAUCAAACUGCACUCCGGGGAGAAGCCUUUCAAAUGCCCCAUGUGCAGCUACGCCUGCCGCCGACGUGAUGCUCUGAGCGGGCACCUGCGCACACAUUCUGUAGAAAAACCCUUUAAGUGCAACCACUGCAGUCGCAGCUACAAGCAGCGAAGCUCCCUCGAAGAGCACAGAGAGAGGUGCCAUGUGUACAUUCAGAGCAAAGGUCCCGCUGAGAGAGCAGAGGACGGCCAGACAUCCAGGAAUCAGAUGGGCACUGAGCGUGCUCUGCUGCUCGACAGGCUCGCCAGCAACGUAGCCAAACGAAAGAGCUCAAUGCCACAGAAGUUCACCGGCGACAACGGUGUGUGCCUGGACCUGAGCUUUAACAGGGAGUUGGUCUACCGAACUGACGUCAAGGAGCCUCCCCCAGGCUCCCCGGGGCCCGACCCCCACCAUCAGCAACAAGACAGCAACUCAGCCCCCUCCUGCAGGCCCUACCCAAUCCAGUUGAGCCCCAUGGGCCUCACAAACGGCCACAAGAUGGGCAUGCCGCUGCUGGGCCUCCCUCACACCACCCAGUCACCGGUCGGCAUGGACUCGUUCCAAACUGAUGGCCCCCAGAUGUCCCAGCCUGUCAUGUACAGCUUAGGUCACCUGCUGGGGGGGCUGAGUCAUCAGAACGGCGUCGCUCACCCACACUCCCAGCCGAUCCCUUUGUCGCCGCUGGAGGCUUUACGGGUGGUACGGGCUGAUGGGGAGGGCGGAGCCCUGCCCGGGGCGGUGUACCCCUGCGGCCACUGCAGGGUGAUCUUCCUGGACUACGUCAUGUUCACCAUCCAUAUGGGCUGCCACGGCUUCCGCGACCCGCUCGAGUGCAACGUGUGCGGCCACCGCAGCCGGGACCGUUACGAGUUCUCUUCCCACAUAGCCCGCGGCGAGCACCGCCUAGAACUGAAGUAGCUUUCAUUCAUGUAGACGCACACACACACACACACACACACACACACACACACACACACACACACACACACACACACACAUGCUCAGACAGAUAACACUGUACUCAUAUAAGUAGUUGGUAGUAUGAGAAAUGAAAGCAUGAAGUAGCAGCUAUCUCUCUCUCUCUCUGUGUGUGUGUGUGUGUGCGUGUGUGUGUGUGUGUGUGUGUGUGUGUGUGUGUGUGUGUGUGUGUGCGAGAGAGAGAGAGAGAGAGAGAAGAGAGAGAAAGAAAGAGACAGAGACAGAGACGUUAUGGGAGUGUGACGGGUGUCAGAGUGUUCUUUGUCAUACUGUACUCAUCUGAAAAGUGUUUAUGCAGGAGGAAUUGUAAUUCCUUGUUUUAUACAUUUGUACUUAAUGAUUCCUGCUGUAGCCAUUGUUUGUAUCAUAUAGCCAUGUGCCAUAUAUUCAUUCAACAAAGUAGCAAAAUUGAAUGCAUUUAUUGAGUAUCUGCUGUUGUUUUUUCUUGUUAUUUGUGUAAAAGUGUAAAAAAUAAAAGAUAACAUCUCGUUUCCUUCAUCACA